GGAAAAGAGAGAAAAAAGCCUAGAAAGGAAAAUAAAGAUACAAUGGCACAAGUUUCAAUGCCCCUGGAAGAGCGUGAAAAAGAAAUUUUGCAAAGUAUCAAUUUUUUGGGGGACUUAAAGAUUGAAACAGAGUUUCAACCUGGACUCUUAAAUCUUAGGGGCACUGAUGAAAAUAUUAAGGUUGCUAAAAACACAAUUUUUAACAAAUGCUACAAAGAUAUUAAAAAGCUCCAAUUCACUGCUAAGAACAUGGAUACCACACACAUAGAACUCCUACAGAUCAGUGGUGUCCAAAGUUACAUCAACAAAAUGUUUAAGAAAAAGCAUUAUCCUGCCUUUUUAGAAUGCAAAGAUGACUCGUUAAUUCUACACUACUUGAAAGAAGCCGAUGAAACCAAAC